AUUAAAUGUAGUCUAUUAGAUCGAAUUCUGCAUAAUAUAGGACCUGUAAUUCACAAUAUGGAUAGGGUUGGUUAUUACAUUAAGGAUAAUAGUAAAUAAAUUUAAAUGAAGCUCCAGUUCCUACUUAUGCAGAAAUCGUUAAAAGCAUGCAAGUAAAGAUAUUAAAUAUGGAAUUUAGGAUUUCAAAAGAGCUGAAAAAUUAAUAAAAAACAAAUUAGUGGCAUAAUAGAUUAGUUUAGAAUAAUAAAAGAAAGAAACUGAAGAAGAGAAACAAAGAAGAAAAAUCGAUAAUAAAGUUCCUCCAAAACCUUUUUCAGUUUAAGCAGAUACAUACAAAAAACCUCCUUUAGGAAUCAACGUUGGUAUUUUGAAGAUCGAAUUAUUUAUGUAGGCCUACCUAUAUAUGAAACAUCUAAUAUGCAAUAUGGGUAAUUGAAUCCUACUUAAUAUGAAUUAAUUGAAAAAUAUUAUCCUAGAGAUGCCAAAUUUACUUAAGGAUUUUUAGGAAACACUUAUAAAUUUGAUGGUUUAAAUACAAGUGUUGCUUUUUCAAAAACUCAUAAAGCUUUGGAUGAAUACUGA